GUGAUGGAGGGAGAUUCUGUUACACUAAAUACUGAUGUUACUGAAAUACACGAAGACGAUGACAUACUGUGGCAAUAUGGAGCUAAAACGUCUCAGAUAGCUGAAAUCAAUAGAGCUGCUGGAGUCACCAACACAUAUAAUGGUACUGAUGGGAGAUUCAGAGACAAACUGAAGCUGGACCAUCAAACUGGAUCUCUGACCAUCACAAACAUCACAACUAAACAUGCUGGAGAUUAUAAAUUAAAGAUAAAUGGUGCAAAACGUUAUUCAAAAAAAUUCAUUGUUUCUGUCUAUUCUCAUCUGCCUGUCCCUAUCAUCAGCAGUAACUCUUCACAAUGUUCUUCAUCACAGCAGAAUUGUUCAUUGUUGUGUUCAGUGGUGAAUGUGGUGAAUGUGACUCUCUCCUGGUACAAAGGAAACAGUUUAUUGUCCAGCAUCAGUGUGUCUGAUCUCAGCAUCAGUCUCUCUCUACCUCUGGAGGUGGAAUAUCAGGAUAAAAAUACCUACAGCUGUGUGAUCAACAAUCCCAUCAACAACCAGACCAGACAACUGGGUAUCAGCAAACUCUGUCACACAUGUGCAGCUGCAGUUGGGAUCUUCUGGAUCUGCAAGAAAUGUAGAAAAGCUGAUCAAGAAGUUCAGACACAAGAGGAAGAAAUCACUUAUGCUGAGCCAACAUUCAACAAAAGAAACACACAUACAUCGAAUCAGAUUUAUGUAUAUGUGUUUCCCUUUCGAGGAACUCAAACUGCGUCCUGUAGGGGUCGCUAUGGGGAAAGCCAUCUCCGUGACCCAUGUCUGAAGCCUACAUACAAAAACAACAACAGCGUUGGCCGGCAACAGCCUAUGACCCAUGGGGUCGUCUCGACGAACGCUAUCUUUCUGACCAUAGCCUCCCAGCUCAGGGCGUAUGCAGCAGCAGGUCAGACUGUAGGUGCGUUGCACACUAUGGCAGUGCUUCAAGCUUACCAGGCUGAUCUGUUGAAAGAUCUGGACAAAAGUCAGGGCCUUUCCCCUGAUGAGGUUGCUGAGCUGCGCCGCACCACGUAUCUUGAUCUCCGUGCCACCAAGCAGGCCGCCACUGCCAUGGGCAGGUCCAUGGGGGCCAUGGUCAUCACGGACAGACAUCUGUGGGUGAAUCUGGCUGACCUCGGGAAGAAAGAGAGGGGCUUUCUUCUCGAUGCGCUGGUCUCGCCUUCUGAGCUUUCCGGUGCCUCUGUCGAGUUUAGGGAGGCGAGGGCGUGCUCAGCGGCCUUCAAAACCUUCAUUCCUCGAAAGUCCUGA